AUGACAGUCCCAUGUUGAAGAUUCAAAAAAUGGCAGUCCCAUUUUAUUGAUUAGUCAAGAUUGGAUCAAAUUUUGUUGAUCCUUUACAAGUUGGGUAGUUUAACUUUGCAUCUGGACUUUUCUGCAACUCGACGAAAGGGUUCCUGGAUAUAAAAAUCAGCAAUUUUGCGAAAAUUUUGAUAACUCAUCAAUUUCUUCGAAGCAAACUAUUCAUUUUCGUUAAAAUAGGUCAUCAGAGUUUGAUCUAUUUUUCAAAGACUAGAAAAUUUGUUGAGUUUUCUCGAAUGUUCUGUACUUCGAGGAUCAUCCCUGACCAUUUUUUUCAGGAACACAUAAAAAAAAUUUUUAUGAAAACUUUUUAGUUUAUAAAUUUUUUUAUAGUGGCUCACGUAUUCGUCGAUCGGCUCCGUCUGGAACUACGUUUUCACCCUUUCCAAUGCCUCUUUAUUCGUCCUGCUACCAUUUUGCUACUUUUUCAUCGAAUCGCAAGGUUUCUCGUCGAAAUGGCAUCGAAGUGUUGGUUUUUAUUCUUUCUUUUUUGUUACCCCAAAAUAAGUGACUAUUUGGCGAUGUUUCAGGUGGCCAAGUCACGAAAUUAUUGGGCAAAACCUGUGAGAUUUUUCAUCUUUUUUUUUUUUUAACUUUUUUUCAACGGAAAAUUUCGCGAAAGUUUUGAAAAAUUUGCUGAAACUUGGCUGAGACGCAUUUAAAAAAAGCGCUUUUUCUUCAAACCAAAAACAGUUUUUUUCUAUUGUAUAAAAAAAAUAAAAAAAUGUGAAAAGUAUCUUUUUCUUUGAAAUUGGAUUUAACACGCGUUCUCUGAGAAAGUCGAUGAAUCUGAAGCAAAAUAAAAAAAAAGUUUUUUAGAUUUGCCUCAAAAUGUGAUCACGGCUUACACACGUGCUUCUGAUUAUUUAGCACCAGUUUUCAGGUGGCCCCGCCCCUUUUAAAAGAUACUGUAGACAGUAAGCUGAAAAAAAUUAAUUUUUUUCCUGUUGAGAAUUUUUCAUUCAAAAAAACGUUUGGAAAUGUAAGAAAAACACUAUUUUUGAGUAUUUUUUUCAGUUGUAACUUUUUUUCUAACUCGACUUCUUCGGGGAGAAAAAAAUCGAAAUUUCCUCAAAAAAACAGCGAUUUUUUUAGUUUUUUUGAGCCAUAACUAGAGUAAGAACCCCCCUAUGGUACGGCUUUUAUUUCUGAUUAUGAAACUAGAGGCCUUCUUCUUCAAGAAAAAGUAGUUCUACAACAAAUCCCUGGGAUGGGAUAGUUGACCUCCAUUCGACCGAAGAUGAUCAACUCGAAUCGGCUCAAAAUUCAAAAAAUCAUUUUUCUCCUAAUUUGACGGCUUCUUCCUCUUUUUUGUUUUGAAACAAAAGACAACACUCACGUUCAUGAUAUCCACUAUUUUGGUGCUCAAAGAAAAUUUUAUUCCGAUUUUCUCGAGACUUUUCGAAUUUUAGGACUUUCGUCGAUUCUCGAUUUUUUCCGUUUUCAGGUAGUUUUUUCUGUAGGAACCCCCGAAUGUGGUCAUUAUCUUUCAGUAUAUGGAAUAGUAGGUCAUUCUGGAUAAGAAAAAAUUAGUCCGGUAAAAAUCUCUGGGGUGGCCCAGUUGACCUCCGACCGCCUGAAGGUGACGACCCUAAAAAUCGAAUUUUCAUACAGGCUCGGAAAACAAUUUUUUUUGUUUCCAUUCUAACAGAAAACUUUUUCAGUGAGACCUACAUCACUUUUCGACAUGAAUCGGAGCCUUUUUCGGCAAGAAAAAAGUAGUUUUAUCCACAUUUGAGGCUUGGCACGCUUAUCUUCGUUUUCACCGUUCUUACCUGCUCUAAAUUGCUGAAGUAACCUGGGAACCCAUUCAAAAAGAUUUUAGGGUAACCCAGCAAAUGUUUGAUUUUUUUUGAACACCUAAGCAAAUGAAAUCGGGGUUAAGAAAGGGCGAAAAAAGCUUUUUUUAUCAACUUUUUCGAGAAAUAAAAACACCUUAUGACAUUCAAAAAUGUCGAUGAUUCUCAAAAAUUAUUUUUUCUCCAAAAUACAGCAACUUACAGUUUAUUACUUUUUCAAUCGACUCUAUCCAUACCCUUUUUCCCUGAAAUUGAGGUUUCUGAAGCUUUUAGAAGUUCUUGUGAUACAAUUCUGGCUUUUUUGUGUUGCAACGUUUAUACAGACACUUAUUCAUGUUUUUCAUUCAUUUACAGAACAACUCAAAUGAAAAAAGGUUUUUAAAAAAACGCAUUUUUUUGACCUAAGAAGCGUUUCAAUGGAUCUUCCGGAUUAAAGUCAGGUUUAUUAAGUCUCUCCUUUUUUUUUCUAUUAAGUUUCGUCAAUAGUUGUUUUUUUUAAAGAGUAAUUGACAUUUUUGAAUGCCAUAAGGUGUUUUUAUUUUACCGGACUAAUUUUUUCUUAUCCAGAAUGACCUACUAUUCCAUAUACUGAAAGAUAAUGACCACAUUCGGGGGUUCCUACAGAAAAAACUACCUGAAAACGGAAAAAAUCGAGAAUCGACGAAAGUCCUAAAAUUCGAAAAGUCUCGAGAAAAUCGGAAUAAAAUUUUCUUUGAGCACCAAAAUAGUGGAUAUCAUGAACGUGAGUGUUGUCUUUUGUUUCAAAACAAAAAAGAGGAAGAAGCCGUCAAAUUAGGAGAAAAAUGAUUUUUUGAAUUUUGAGCCGAUUCGAGUUGAUCAUCUUCGGUCGAAUGGAGGUCAACUAUCCCACCCCAGGGAUUUGUUGUAGAACUACUUUUUCUUGAAGAAGAAGGCCUCUAGUUUCAUAAUCAGAAAUAAAAGUCGUACCAUAGGGGGGUUCUUACUCUAGUUAUGGCUCAAAAAAACUAAAAAAAUCGCUGUUUUUUUGAGGAAAUUUCGAUUUUUUUCUCCCCGAAGAAGUCGAGUUAGAAAAAAAAGUUACAACUGAAAAAAUACUCAAAAUAGUGUUUUCUUACAUUUCCAAACGUUUUUGAAUGAAAAUUCUCAACAGGAAAAAAAUUAAUUUUUUUCAGCUUACUGUCUACAGUAUCUUUUAAAAGGGGCGGGGCCACCUGAAACCUGGUGCUAAAUAAUCAGAAGCACGUUUGUAAGCCGUGAUCACAUUUUGAGGCAAAUCUAAAAAAAAAUUUAUUUUGUUUUGCUUUUUAUUACUGAAAAGUCAUCGAUUUUCUCAGAGAACGUGUGUUAAAGCGCUCUGAAGUGCCCUCAACCAACUUUGAGCAAAUUUUUGAACAUUUCAAUUUAAUACUGCCCGUUUUGAACCUUCAACCAUACGAAGUUGAAGAGAGUAUGAAAAAAUGGUCAAGCUAAUUAUUUUCCAUUUUUUUUUUCUAGUGCGUCAUGCAGAGGAUAUACGAGACGCUGGCCGUCUGCGCCCUCCUCAUUGUCGUGCUCCUUUGCCUGGCUGAAGUCGUCAUUAAAUUAUUAAGAUAUGACGUGAGUUUGAAAGAACUGAUUACUUUAAAGAUAUUUUUGUUAUUUUCAACUUUUUUUUCAGGUCUCAAUCCUGUCGAUAACCUCACUGAACUUGCCGUUGAUCUAUUCGGGUGUCUCCUUCUGUGGUGCUCUGCUUUUGCUCAUUUCGACGCCUUAUGGGUUCUCAAGAAUGUUCUCUUUCAUCCGGAAGUUGAUGUCUGACGUGAGUGGAAACGAAAAUUAUUGAAAAAAUUCAAUUUCCGAAAAAAAAAAACAUACUAAAAAAAUUUCAGAGCGAGAAAUCGGCCUUCUCGCCGGUCUCAGAAGCUGACACGAUGACGUCACCGCCGGCGGAUGACGUCACGGAGGUGCAGGACACCAUAGAGAGGGUUGAAGAGGUCAUGAGUGAAAUUCAAGGUUUUUUUCAAAAUUUUGUGCUUAAUAAGUUUUGAUCUUUUAGAAUCACUGGCGGCUGACGAACAGAAUAACAUCAGAGAAACGAACCAUUGGAGGAACGAGAACUACGGGAAGAAAAGGGGUUAGUUUUUUGAAAAGGAUGAAACAGGAUUGGUGGGUUUUCUGAAAAUAUUCAUUUUUUCCGGAAAUUGGCGCGAUGCCAGGAUGCUUCGAAAUGUUAGCUUUAAAGUGGCAGUCCCAAGGCUGAAGCUUCAAAAUGGCAGUCCCAAGUUGAAGCUUCAAGAUGGCAGUCCCAAGUUGAAGCUUCAAGAUGGCAGUCCCAAGUUGAAGCUUCAAGAUGGCAGUCCCAAGUUGUAACUUUUCAAAGUGGCAGUCCCAAGGUGGAAGCUUCAAAAUGGCAGUCCAAAAGUGGCAGUCCCAAGUUGAAGCUUCAAAGUGGCAGUCCCAAGGUGGAAGCUUCAAAAUGGCAGUCCCAAGGUGGAAGCUUCAAAAUGGCAGUCCAAAAGUGGCAGUCCCAAGGCUGAAGCUUCAAAAUGGCAGUCCCAAGUUGAAGCUUCAAAAUGGCAGUCCCAAGUUGAAGCUUCAAGAUUGGCGCGAUGCCAGGAUGCUUCGAAAUGUUAGCUUUAAAGUGGCAGUCCCAAGGCUUAAGCUUCAAAAUGGCAGUCCCAAGUUGAAGCUUCAAGAUGGCAGUCCCAAGUUGAAGCUUCAAGAUGGCAGUCCCAAGUUGAAGCUUCAAGAUGGCAGUCCCAAGUUGUAGCUUUUCAAAGUGGCAGUCCCAAGGUGGAAGCUUCAAAAUGGCAGUCCAAAAGUGGCAGUCCCAAGUUGAAGCUUCAAAGUGGCAGUCCCAAGGUGGAAGCUUCAAAAUGGCAGUCCCAAGGUGGAAGCUUCAAAAUGGCAGUCCAAAAGUGGCAGUCCCAAGGCUGAAGCUUCAAAAUGGCAGUCCCAAGUUGAAGCUUCAAAAUGGCAGUCCCAAGUUGAAGCUUCAAGAUUGGCGCGAUGCCAGGAUGCUUCGAAAUGUUAGCUUUAAAGUGGCAGUCCCAAGGCUGAAGCUUCAAAAUGGCAGUCCCAAGUUGAAGCUUCAAGAUGGCAGUCCCAAGUUGAAGCUUCAAGAUGGCAGUCCCAAGUUGAAGCUUCAAGAUGGCAGUCCCAAGUUGAAGCUUUUCAAAGUGGCAGUCCCAAGGUGGAAGCUUCAAAAUGGCAGUCCAAAAGUGGCAGUCCCAAGUUGAAGCUUCAAAGUGGCAGUCCCAAGGUGGAAGCUUCAAAAUGGCAGUCCCAAGGUGGAAGCUUCAAAAUGGCAGUCCAAAAGUGGCAGUCCCAAGUUGAAGCUUCAAGAUGGCAGUCCCAAGUUGAAGCUUCAAGAUGGCAGUCCCAAGUUGUAGCUUUUCAAAGUGGCAGUCCCAAGGUGGAAGCUUCAAAAUGGCAGUCCAAAAGUGGCAGUCCCAAGUUGAAGCUUCAAAGUGGCAGUCCCAAGGUGGAAGCUUCAAAAUGGCAGUCCCAAGGUGGAAGCUUCAAAAUGGCAGUCCAAAAGUGGCAGUCCCAAGUUGAAGCUUCAAGAUGGCAGUCCCAAGUUGAAGCUUCAAGAUGACAGUCCCAAGUUGUAGCUUUUCAAAGUGGCAGUCCCAAGGUGGAAGCUUCAAAAUGGCAGUCCAAAAGUGGCAGUCCCAAGUUGAAGCUUCAAAGUGGCAGUCCCAAGGUGGAAGCUUCAAAGUGGCAGUCCCAAGGUGGAAGUUUCAAAAUUGCAGUCCCAAUGUAAUAUCCCUAAAAGGGACAUUCUCAAGCUGAAACCUUACAAGUUCCAGCUCCAAAUUUCGUUUGAAAAUGCUUAAAAAUAGCGUGCUUCUCUUGAAAAAGUGUUGAUUGUGCUCCUUCUCUAAAAAAUCUUGAAUACCUGAUCAAUUUACGCAAAUCUCCAUCUGUAGACUUCAGUUUCUGAUUUUUUUUUUUUAGAUUUCAACGAUAAAGUAGGGAGGUUCAGUUAUAACCAAAUGCGAAUUUCGCCAAAGUUCUGUAACUUUAUUGUAAGAAUUUGACUACACGUUGACUUUCUGUAACGAUUUAAUGGAAAAUAGGUCAGUUUGAAAGUUGAGAAGCCCCAGAAAACGACCUUGAACCAAGUAGCAAAAAAACGAAAUUUUUAGGAUGGAAAACAAUAAAGCUGAUUUUUUUCUUACUUUUUUUAUAAAGUUUCAACGACCGAAAGAACCAAAAAGAUUCAAUUAACGAAUUAAUUUUUUUCAGUAGCCUCAUCAAACUGCGGCGAUUUCUAUCUGUCGAUUUUUAACAAGCCCACGCCACCGACGAGAACCUACGACGAAUGGAAAAGAUCGAGAUUGGCAGCGAUGUCGCUCAAAAACAGGCGACGGCCGUUUCUGCCGGUCAACGGCGACGGUCAGCUCCGGCAACGCGAAGUCGUCGAAUCGCCCCUCAGAGUCGACGAUAACGCUUUUGGCGACAUCCUUGGUUCGUUUCUAGUCAUUCCAGAAGUGAUAUCAGAAUAUAUUUUUGUUUUUUUGAAUGGAUCUAUUUAUUUGAAGGUUUUUUUCUUGAUUUUUUUAGUGAAAAAAAUAAAUGAAAAUUCAAAUUUAUGAGAUUUUUUUGUGGUUCGUUUCUAAAUUAUUUCAAUGGAAGAAAAAAAUAGUAUCAAUAGAAGUAUCAGUUUUUCUAAAAAUUAGGCAUAAAUUGGCUUUUUUUUUAUAUUCUCGUGAUUCGUUUCUAAAUAUCUUAGAAGCAGAAAAGAAAGAUUUCUAUUUUUCGGUGCAAUAGAUAUCUUUCUGUUCAGUUUAAAAUAAUUUGAUGGUUUUUGCAGUGAUGAAGCCCCUGAAACACCACGCGAGCGAGUUCUGCCUCAAUUCGCCGAAUACGUUUGCGACUGGCGACAUCGCGACCAAUGACAUCUUCGCGACAUCGUACGUCUCGGCGUCGACCAUCGGCUCGCCAAUCUUCACCUCGACCCCGAUCGUCAACCUGCCGUUCUUCGGAAAGCGAGUCAAGAAGUUGUCUGGUCAGUUUUUUGGUUUUCGAGCUCUCUAA